GUAGCCGCCUCUGUUAUCUCAAUAAUUGCAUCUUAUUGCAUUUAUUCAUUGCAUAUUUUUAAUUUAUUAUGCUUUUCAAUCAUGUCGCUUGAUGAUAAAGUUGUUCGUGGUGAAAAAAUUGAGUACAAACCGUACACUAAGGGUUUGGGGGAGUUCUAUUUUGAAAAUUGUGACAUACAAAGUGAAAAUGUAUUUCAGAUCGACCCAAUUACAGACAGGAAAGAAACGUAUGCAUCCAUUAAGCAAAGAUCAAUUAGACUAGCGAUACAUUUAAAAAAGCUGGGAGUAAAUUCAACCCAUUACAUAAUCAUAUGCUCGAAGAACACCAUGGACAACUGUAUCCCACAUUUUAGUGCCCAAUUUUUGGGCGCAACAACUGCUGGGUUGCACCCAACCCAAUCGAUAAGAGAAUGGACACACUGUAUGAAAACCGUUUCGCCAAAAUUAGUUUUUAUCGAAGAAAACUGCGUGCAGAAUAUGGAAAAGUGCUUGGAAAACUUGGAAACUAAACCGGAACUUAUAGUGUUUGGAAAAUCGGAUAAAUAUAAAACUUUCGACGAUUUGCAGACCCAGUUUGAGGAUGAGGGUACUUUUCGUCCUGCUGAAGUUAAAAAUCCUCAAGAUACAGCUGUUAUUAUGUUCAGUAGUGGUACUACAGGAGCUCCAAAAGGCAUGCGUAUAUCACAUUUUAGUGUUAUUAAUAAGACCAUAUUAAUGAUGGGUCCAGGACCUUUUAAAAAAAAUGUCACAGGACUGACAUACUCAACUUUGUACUGGAUAUCCUCAAUUUUACAACUAGCCUUAUGUUUCUAUACUGGUGCAGCUAAGAUGAUCUCACCGAUGCAAUGUGACCCGAAAGAGAUGCUAGAGAUGAUCGAAAAAUACAAAAUAAGUUUCAUUUUUAUAAAUCCAGUUAUACUGAGACCAAUACUAUCUUUAAACAACAUAGAAAAAUAUGAUACAUCGAGCCUACAAUUCAUCACGCUGGUUGGAACAGGUUUGAACGGAAAUGAAAUGGUGCAGCUGAGGAAAAUAUUUAAGCACACUAUUAUCAGUCAGGCGUAUGGAGCCAGUGAAACGUUGACCAGUGGAACUUCCUUUAGUUUUACAGACCAACAUUUGCUGAGCAAAUUAGAAUCGGUCGGGAAAGUAUCUCCGAACUGUGAAAUCAAAAUUGUAAAUCCGGAAAGUGGAACGAUAUUAGGUCCAAAUGAAUCAGGAGAAAUCUAUAUUAAAUCUCCAUUUUCCUUCAGUGGUUAUUGCAAUAUAGAUUCAACAGACUAUUUAGACAAAGACGGCUUUUUCAAAACUGGAGAUCUAGGUUACUACGAUGAAGAUAAAUGUUUUUACAUUGUAGGUCGUCUUAAAGAGACAUUCAAAUAUCGAACUUACCACAUACCACCGAAUUAUCUUGAGUAUAUUCUUCAGGAACAUCCAGACGUUUCGGAAGCGGGCGUGUUUGGAAUACCCCAUAGGACAGAUGGACAUCUUCCUGCUGCUUGUUUAACGUUAAAAGAAAACGCGACUACAUCUGUUGAUGAUAUUGAAGAUUUUUAUACGAAAAAUGUUUCUGAUUGGCAUAAGCUUAGAGGAGGGAUCAAGAUUGUGGACAGUCUGCCUAUGACGCCUACAUGCAAGAUACAAAGGAAUAAGUUGUUGGAAUUGUUUUUAAGAAGAUGAACAAAUUAAAUUGAUUAUCUGUUAUUUUGUACUCUAGAAAGUUUUAUUUGAUAAAAAUCUUAAAUUGUAAUUUAUAAAAGACAAUAAAAUUCACUCUGUGUAUUCAAACAUGCUGUAUAUUAAAAAUAUAUGAAACUAAAUAGGAG